CUAAAAUAUAUAUUUAUUGUCAGGCAAGCUGACACAUGACCACCAGACGUAGAGUAAUUUUAAAAAUGAAGUUGUAUUAGGUGCACGAAAUUGUGAUAUUAUGAAAAAUACAUUAAAUUCUAGGUAUAUCUGUAUGUAUAUAGAAUUCUGUAUGUCGAGCAGAGUCGAGGUUCAGUCUAGUAUUCUACCACAGAAUAUAUAAAAUUUCAUAUAUUCUGUGAUUCUACUACUCUAAAUAAUAUUGGUCAUACUCCUUGUAUGUUUCGACUAUGAUCAUGCGUAAUCUCGGUGUUCUCGGUAGUUUGCUGACCAAUCGUUCGUUUUAUACGAACAGAUCAAAUGUGUUGGUGUACAAUCGUAAAACCAAGACUAAAGAACCAUUGAAAUGUAACAAGCUUCUGACAUGGUAUGUGUGUGGUCCCACGGUAUAUGAUUCAAUGCAUAUUGGACACGCAAGCUGUUACGUUAAGUUUGACAUUAUCAGAAGAGUUUUGGAGAACUAUUUUCAGUUGUCUGUAUUUCAAGUAAUGAACAUCACUAAUUUGGACGAUAAAAUUAUUUCAAAAGCACGUGCCUUAAACAUAGACCCACUUCAAUUAGCAAGGAACUACGAAGUAGAAUUUAUUGAAGAUAUAAAUUUGUUAAACAUAAAAGAACCAGAAAUUAUAGCAAGAGUAACUGAUUUUAUUCCUCAAGUCAUAAAUUUUAUUCAAAACCUAUUCGAUAAAGAUCUAGUCUAUUCUGCAGACGAUGGUUCAUUGUUCUUUGAUACAACAAAGUAUAAAAGAUAUGGAAAAAUGGUUAAAGUGCCUGAAGUUGUACCCCAUAUGUUCAAAAAAAGUAACUUAGAUUUUGCAUUGUGGAAAGCAACAAAACCAGGUGAACCUUCAUGGGAUUCAUCUUGGGGACCUGGAAGACCAGGAUGGCACAUUGAAUGUUCUGCUGUUGCUAGUCAUUAUUUCGGAUCCAGUGUUGACAUACAUUCUGGAGGAAUAGAUUUGCUAUUCCCACAUCAUGAAAAUGAAGAAGCUCAAUGCUGUGCAUAUCAUAAUGUCGAUGAUUGGGUCAAACAUUGGAUAUAUACAGGGCACUUACAUGUAGGAGAUAAUAUUAAAAUGUCAAAAUCGUUAAUGAACACCAUCAGUGUUAAAGAACUACUCAAUUCAUAUACCGCUAAUCAAUUUCGAACGCUAUGUUUAUUAUCAAAUUUCAAAAAUGAUUUGGAAUUUAAUGAUAGUACAAUGGAUGUAGCCUGUGGAGUGUUAAAAAAAUUGGAUUCUUUCAUCGCUAAUUGUUAUGCUCAUUUAAAUACUUACAACAGUAAGCAUAUUCCUGAUAUCACAUUACUAAAAAAAAUAAAUGACAUUGAAAAUGAUAUAUUAAUCAAUUUAGCAGAUAAUUUUAAUACAUCGAAAGCUUUAAAUUUACUUAUUGAGCUUAUUAGCAUAUUCAAUAAAUUACUUACAGUGGACUUUCAUUUUAAUUGUUCAAAAUUGGAAGUGAUUCAGGCAUUGAAUUUAGUAGUUAAAACAUUGGAGUCAUUUGGAAUUGAUUUAUCUAGAUCAAAGUUCAAGUCUGAUGCUGAAAACAGUUUAGUUAUUGAUAUUACAGUAAAUUUUAGAACAAAACUUAGACAGUUAGCAUUACAAUCAAAGUCUGAGAUUAGCAAACAAGAAAUAUUUGAACUUUGCGAUUCUUUAAGGGAUGAGCUUUCUUUAGCCAAUAUUAGUGUACAAGACUCUAAGAUAUCAUCAAUAUGGAGGCAUGAAAAAGUAACUAAAAUACAAGCCAAAGAAAAUUAAAUUCAGGACUGAUUAAUUUUCUGUUUGCCAAAAGUAAUUAUUAAAUUGGUCAUUUUGUAGUUUAUAGUAUAUUGUCUACUUUUAUUUUUAAAUCUUAUACAUUAUCAGUGAAAUAGGGAUACUUAAGGUACUUUAACAAAAAUAUGGUAUAUAAAACUGUUAGUAACAAUAUAACUGAUAUUUGUAUAACCUAAUCUACAAAGAACUCCUUUUUUUAAAAUGUUUGAUCUCAAUUUUAACAUUGCUAUUUAUCAUUGAUUUAAUUUUACAUCAAUACAAACCACCAUUCUGCACCGCAUUGUGGCUCAACAACCGAGCUCUAUACAUAUUUUUAGGUUGCAAAGUAUUUGGAAUUUGAAUAAGAGUUGUAUUUUAUUCUUUGAAAAUUCAAAUACUUACAAAACAACAGAUCGUCAUUAAAAUUUUGCUCAGAAUCUAGGAGGCCUUUUGUAUAAUAAAAAUAACCACCUACAUACUAGGUCAUUAAUAAAGAAAAACAAUAUAGUAUGCUCAUCAGUUUUUAUUGUAUGAAAUAUAAUUAUUGAAAUACUAUAUGUGUCUAUCUUGUUCAGUAUCUAAUAUAAAUACAAAAGAUUUAGAAUCUUAAUUGGAUUUAGUGCUAAAUCAUUGAAGUUAGUUUACAUAAAUUACAAACAUUGAAAAAAAACAAAAUGUGAAAUGACAAUUAAUCCAAGGUAGUAAGGCAUGUAAAAAGUUUUAAAAAAUAUGUACAAUAUAUCAUUAAUUUUAUUUACAUUGUAAUUACUGAUUAAGUACUUAUUCAUUCAUACAAACUUUUUGACUAGAAUUGUAAACAAAGUAAAAAUUAAAAAAAAAGAUAAUAAAAAAAAAAAUAAAAAUAAAAAUAAUAAUAAAAAUUGAGGAACUUUCUAUCAUCACUAUUAAAAUAAUUUUUGAAAAAAAA